UCAGUAAGCUCGGUCGCGAGUUGACAUCACAACUAUCGACUGUUGAUCAGGUUUCCCUCGACAACUUCGCGAUCUUUCUUCCUUACUCGUCGUCCCGCAAGAAAUUUGGACCGCCACAAAGGGAUGCGCAGAUCAUCACAAUGUCGAACGUUCUCUCCCUUCUAGGCUGGGCCUUCUUGCCCAACCUAGUCACCGGCUGGGUUCAAGCAAUCUACUACGGUCUGGCAAUCCGCGCCGGCGAUCCCAAGCCUCAGCCCGGCACCGCCAAGUAUGCUACCCACCGCCGCCGAAUCCACAUCCUCGUCGUCUCCUUCUACCUCCUCUAUACCCUUGUCGAGGCCGACCGCACCCUCCGCCUUCAAGGGACCUUCUACACCGACCUCGACGUCGCCGCCAGUGCCCCCGUUCGCAUCAUCAAGUCCCGCUUCCGCCGACUCGCGGCCGUCUACCAUCCAGACAAGGCAGGCACCAAUGGCGCCGACACCGGCGCCGCCGCCGCGCGCUUCAUGCACCUCAAGACGGCCUCAGAGACCCUCUCCGACCCAGCACGUCGCUUCGCUUACGAGCGUUUCGGUCCCGAGGUCGGCGCCUGGCAGGGCUGCAAGACCAUUCAUGAUUUUGUCGCGCGCGGCAUCAUGCAGGGAACGAUUCCGUACUAUGGCAUCGCGGCGGCUGCUACCUACGGCUUGAGUCUGCUGGGGUACCUCGACUGGGGACGAUACUGGCGGUGGAUUAUCCUUCUCACCUUCUUCGUCGCGGAGCUCAUUGUUAUUACUCGGCCUGAGAUGCCGCCGUUCCUGGCCAUCUUCAACACAGUGCUGAGCACAGCCCUGCGCCGCCCACCCUAUCUCCAGUUUCAGCUUGUCUCGCUCGCUCGUCAGGCCGCCGUCACGAUCUACAUAGCUUUCGGUCAGCUCGGUCCUCUGUUGAACUCUCACGGCCAGGCGGCGCAGAAAGCGGCCGAGAGCUCGGCGGCUGCUGUCGACGAGGGCUUGCAACGGCUCGAGAUGAUUGCCCGCGGUCUGGACGGCGAGACGAGCAGAUUGUUGGAAAUGGAGAUGACCCCGUUCAUUGGCGAUAAGGAGGCGCUCAGCAGCGUGCGUGCCAAGGUCAAGGAUUGGUUGGUUCAGAACACCAUCAGAGCGGACCCAAUGGUCAGAGACGCGAUUGGCAAGCAGUUCCAGAAACGCAGGGUUGAUGCACCAGCUGGCGCAAAGGGUAACAGAUAGAGCAGACCAUAGACGCGCUUGUGCUUUUUUUGUAGAAAUUCAGCAUUCGGCGAAUGACACACCGUUUAAACCUUUCCGAAGAUGAAAUUAUUGGUCCCCUCAUAAAAUCUUGCUACAGGUCUUUUGCUAUCGCUGUUUUGUGUGCCCCUUACGAUACUGGAACACACGCAGUCGUAGCCUCUACAAUAUAUGAAAUCAACAAUCCCAGUGACCUGGGACUUUGUUUUCAUAACCUGAUAGCCAGCUGAGCAGCCAAUCGAUCAACCAUAUAACUCAUAAAAGUGCCCAGCAUCUGGAGAACAUCCAAAGUGUGGCGCAUGUGGCUGAAGAAUGUGGCUUAAAUGAGGUUCGAAAAUAUCUCAGAAUGG